AUGGUACCCAACAAUGUGCAAGCUUUAGUAAGGAAAGCUGAUCCAGAAGUGAUAGAUAUGCUCCCAAGAUCAGUGGAUAUUGUGGUUGGUGAUGUUGGUGAACCUUCGACCCUGAGGGCUGCUGUUGAAGGAUGCAACAAGAUCAUCUAUUGUGCGACUGCACGAUCAGCUAUAACUGGGGAUCUCAACAGAGUUGAUUACCAAGGAGUGACCAAUGUCACUAAAGCAUUUCAGGAUUAUAACAAUCAGCUAGCACAGCUAAGGGCCGGAAAAAGUAGCAAAAGCAAGCUUUUACUUGCUAAAUUCAGGUCUCCUGAAUCAUUGGAAGAUUGGGAAGUUCGGCAAGGAACCUAUUUUCAGGAUGUAGUUGCUACCAAAUAUGAUGGAGGAACAGAUGCAAAAUUUGAAUUUACAGAAACUGGUGAAGCUGUAUUCUCAGGGUAUGUUUAUACCAGAGGUGGCUAUGUUGAACUCUCAAAGAAGCUUUCCCUUCCAUUAGGUUCCACUCUAGACAGAUAUGAUGGCUUGCUUCUCUCUGUCGGUGGAAAUGGAAGGUCCUUUGUUUUAAUUCUCGAGGCUGGCCCAUUAGCUGAUACUUCUCAAAGCAAACUAUAUUUUGCACGAAUGACCACAAAAGUGGGCUUUUGCAGGGUAAGAGUGCCAUUUUCAUCUUUUCGUCCAGUGAAACCAGAUGAUCCUCCACUAGAUCCUUUUCUUGUGCAUACUUUAACUAUUCGCUUUGAACCAAGACGACAGAGACCUCUUGAAGCAUCUGCGGGAAAUAGGCAGGAUCUAAGAAGCUUCAAACUAAUAAUGGAAUAUAUAAAAGCCCUACCUACUGGGCAAGAAACAGAUUUUAUAUUGGUCUCUUGCACGGGAUCUGGAAUUGAACCUGGAAGAAGAGAGCAGGUUCUUAAAGCCAAGAAGGCUGGUGAGGAGUCUCUAAGAAGAUCAGGACUUGGGUACACAAUCGUUCGUCCUGGUCCUUUGCAGGAAGAACCUGGGGGUCAGCGAGCUUUGAUCUUCGAUCAAGGAAACAGGAUCUCUCAAGGUAUAAGCUGUGCUGAUGUUGCAGAUAUCUGUGUAAAGGCACUGCAUGACUCAACAGCAAGAAAUAAGAGUUUUGAUGUUUGUUACGAAUAUGUCGCCGAGCAAGGGAGGGAACUUUAUGAACUGGUUGCACAUUUGCCCGACAAAGCGAAUAACUAUCUUACUCCAGCAUUAUCAGUUUUAGAAAAGAACACCUGAUAACUACAGCUCUCUGUUCCAGCAAAAGCCUGAUACGAGUGAGGACUCUAUUGUAAAGAAAGCUAAAUCCAUCUUGUUUGAAAAAGAAAAGAGGUAUAUUUAUAAAGCCCAUUGGUAUUAUUUGUGUAUAAGCUGUGCUAUACAUGUAUAUUUUCAAAAUGACUGGAAAGUUGCAUCAUGUAAUGGAACUGAAGUUAUACACGUCGUGGCUCUUCCAUGCCUCGCUCUCUUUUUCUUCAACGUUCACAGUAAGUGAGACUUAGUUUGUAGAAGACUAGCUACCGAAAAAUGUAUCAUGUGAAGAACUGAAGUUUUUUCUCGUUC